CCACAGUCUUCUUGUUUGGCUCGAACACAUAGACAAAUCAGGUUCUUCUCCAUCCAUCAGGAAAGAGGAGCAUGAAGAAGAAGAUAGUGAUCAAAGUGCAGAUGAAGUGCGACAAGUGCCGCGUCAAAGCCAUGCAGGUUGUUGCUGCAGCAGGCGCUGAUUCAGUUGCGGUGGAAGGGGAGGAGAAGGAUCAACUGGUGGUGGUGGGAGAUUGCGUGGAUCCUGCAAACUUAACAACCACCCUGAGGAAGAAAGUAGGCCAUGCAUGCAUAGUCAAGGUGGAGGAAGCGAAGGAGGAGGAAGCGAAGAAGGAAUCAGUGGCGUGGUGCUGCCCCGGUUACCCUCUACGUGAUAAGGUGGAGGCAGCGAAAGAAUCUGCGAGGUGGUGCUACCCUCCAUGUCAAAAUGUGGUGAUGUAUGAUCAUGAAAUCUAUGCCUCCGACCCUGGUGCUUGUUCCAUCUUGUAA